GGCGUCUUCAAUCAUGCUUCUUGCUUUGUGUCUCUCUCGCUUCUAUGCCGUUCGGAUCGGCAUGUGUGCUUUUGACAUGCGCUUUAAGAGCCAGGACAAGCUUGGUAUGGGCAAGUGCCGAAAUUCUGUUGUGAAAAGAUUGCCUGGAACCUCUUUCACGGUGCCGGCGCGCUGGAAGAGACGAUUGACCAUGUUCUCGCUCCUUGUGAAGUGUUUCUCAAGAUGACUUGUGCAUUCUUUCCUUCUCACUUGAGGGAAAUAGCCUUCCGAG